GAAUGAUUGCCUCACCAGGGAUAUUUUUAGUACCGGGCAGUUGGCAAAGUUGUCCUGUAUAUAGCCAGCAGCUCAAGGGUUCCGGCCCGCCACUAGUCUGCGAGCUUUCCUUGAGACUCUAUACCUGUUCUCCUAACUCAUAAUGGGUGACGUUGAGAAGGGCAAGAAGCUGUUCGUGCAGAGGUGUGCACAGUGCCACACGGUGGAGGCGGGCGGCAAGCACAAGACCGGUCCCAACCUUAACGGCCUCUUUGGCCGCCAGACGGGCCAAGCAUCUGGCUACGUCUACACGGACGCCAACAAGUCCAAGGGCAUCACGUGGGGCUCUGACACACUUGAUAUCUACCUCACCAACCCCAAGAAGUACAUCCCUGGCACCAAGAUGGUCUUCGCUGGACUCAAGAAGAAGAACGAGAGAGCUGACCUCAUCGCCUACCUCGAGGCAUCCACUAAGUAAUGUCCUCACCCAUGUGACCUGACAGCCUGAACACUUCUUCCCCCGUGGGAGGCCUUCCGCAUGGUUCGGUGGCGGUGCGUCAUGCCGCCCCGCUGGGGCAGCGGCAGCAACACCAGAAGUCAGCGCAAAGGAGCGAGUGUGGGCCUCGUCCAGCCAUCAUCUGUGUAUAUCUCAUCUGAGCUUCACGACUCAUCACCGGGCUCCGGGCUCUAAGUCAUCACCAUAAGAACGUAGGAAGUUAGAAUCAUCAUGUUAAUAAAUAAGGAUGCUA